AUUCCAUAAAUAAUAAAACAAAUACAUGUGUUUUUAAACUCAGAUCAGUAAUUCGUUUGUAACAAAGUCUACAAUUCGGCAAAAUUCAAGCCCUACGUGAUCAGAGCCCAAUUCCAAAGUCACCGCCAUGGCCAAACGCGAUAUCCUGCCCAUCUUUCCCUCCCGCGCCAACUCGGUGAUCAUGAAGCAGCGCGUUUUGGCGGCGAGAAGGGGCGUGGGUCUCCUCAAGCGGAAGCGCGACGCCAUCGACAUGAAGCUGCGCGAACUGCGGCGCAUCCGUUUCGACCAGGACAUGCAGGGGGAUGAGGCGAUGCGCAAUGCCAUAUUCUCGAUGGCAAAGGCCAAUCUGCUGGGCGCCGAUUUCAAGCCGCAGAUGGUAAGCCGCAGCCAUGUGGCAACCGUAUCGCUCCGCCGCACGGAGAUCAAAAUUGUGGGCGUCAAGCUGAACACCCUGGAGCUGGAGACGAAGGGCGUGGGCGCCUUUCCGCUGGCGGGUCUCAGCUGUGGCGGUAUGCAGGUUAGCCGGAUUAGGGACUCCUAUACGAAGGCACUCAGGGCACUGGUGGAGUUCGCCUCGCUGGAAUACCAAGUGCGAAUGCUGGAGGCGGCCUCGCUGCAGACCAACAUGAGGGUCAAUGCUCUGGAGCAUGUGGUAAUACCCGUCCUGCAAAAUACCUAUAACUAUAUAUGCGGCGAGUUGGAGGAGUUCGAGCGCGAGGACUUCUAUCGCCUGAAACGCUCGCAGGCCAAGCAGCUGGAGGCCAAGAUGGCCUUCACCGAGCUGAUCAAGACCAAGAACAUGACCGACGAGGAGCUGGAGACCUACAUAAAGCGAAACAUAAAUCAGGCGCGUCCUCCAGCGGCCGACACGCCCUUCGAUCAGGAGCAGUUCGAGGAGCGGGAGGUCAAGCGGCGCGUGCGGGAGGCCCGUCUGUCCCUGAAGCAGCGCCGCGAGGAGGAGCGGAAGGAGGCCGUCGCGCGGGGCGAGCCCCCACCGCCCACAUCCUUUAUCACCACCCAUGGCGCCUCGUUGAGUUUCGCUGGUCGCCAGCGGGAUCCGCGGGCCAGCAGUGGUGAUCUGUACAGCACCAAGCGGAUGCUCCUCUCCUCUGUGCCGGAAAGGAAGUCGGUCAUUAGCCAGGACACUCAGCGCAGGUCCAGCCAGAUGUCGAAAGAGGUCGUAAGUGAAGAGCCUCCCGAAGAAAGUUAGUGGACUCACAAAUUUCAGGUGCUAACGUUCUUUUAUAUCAAAUCCAAAAUCUUAAGUUGUCCAAAAAUUCUUAAUUAUUUUUAAUAUGGUGUGCAAGUAGAGGAUUCAUUUUAGGUGAUCUCUUCGAAAAAGUAUAUCGAUUUCAGUCGGAAGUUUGCCACGA